AUGGAAGAGGAAGGGGAGGAUAAUGAUGAUGAUAAUAAGGAGGAAGGAUAUACUACAUGGAGGUGGUGGGAGGCAUCUACAUUUGAGGAGAGGGAGAGAUUAUGGUCUAAUCUAGAGGAGGCAUUUACCAGGGAGAUGAGGAUGGCUAGAGAUAAAGAUGAGGAAAGGAGACGAUUAAGAAUAGAAAGGAAGAGACAACAUGCUCAAGCGGAACGUGCUGCUGUUGAUACCACCGACCCCUACUUUAAAGCUGCUGCGAAAGCUGAGGUUAACAGUUUUGAUAGGCGAACUGCAGGAUGGAGGGCAUUUAAUAGGAAGAAGAGGAAGAAGAACUAUCCUCAUUCAAUACAAGGGGAUGAGGUAGAGGAGGAAGAGGAAGAAGGGCCUAGUAAAUGGAUAGAAGGGGCAAGAGGACUUGGUGGAUCCGAUAUAGGUAGUAGUAAUGAGGAGGAGGAUAAAGAAGAAGAGUGUAUGGGUAGAUACCUUAGUACCUCAUUGAAGAGCACAGUAGAAGCACUACACUCCAUAUCAUCUAAAGACCUGCAAACCUACUUGAUGUCUAUUAAUGAUGAUCUCCUUCUCCAUCAAGGAGGUCAUCAUCAGGACUACUGGUCUACUAUAGCUAAGAGUGGUAGGGAGUUGAAGGAGGGACAUCGACGUGAUGUUGUUAUUGGAAAUGGUGUAGGAGUUGCUCAUAGAGUUGAUAAUGAUUGUGAUAUUAAUGGUGAUGUACUGAUGGGUAGUGUAGGGGUAGAAGGAGAAGUAGGAGGAGAAGCACCUAAGAAGUAUGAACACUCUACGCAUGAAUAUGUACAUCCUAAUGGUCCUAGUAUAUACCCUAUGGUGGUUGAUGUAUGGAGUGUUGCAUUGGUCCUACUUAUCAUACAUGUCCAUGCUUAUGGUCCUACUUUUAAUGAUAUUGUAGAUAUAAUACGUAAACACCAAAAGGUACAUUGGGGUGCAUUAUUAGCACUUGUACAUGGAGAAGAGAAGAAUAUCCUAAGCCCUCUAUUAAUGAACUUGAUAGAUAUAUCAUUCGAUAUAAGAGAUGAUAUCAAUGACUUUAUCAAUCAUCCAUACUUUUUAAAGGAGGUUUUACCAUCAAUCACUGAUCAUGACUCAAAGGAUUGGGCUAAUGUUAUGAUGGUUAAUAGAUCUAUGAGGUGCAUUAUGGAUACUCCUGCUGGUAGUAGAUUACGUCAUAUUACAUCGAUACGUGAACCCUUCACUAGACCAGGUCCUGUAGUAGUGGUAGAGGAUAUUGUACCAGACAUCCAUCUACUAUUAGAACUACCUCUAGAUACUACUACUAGUACGGUAUGGAUGUUACCACCACAUUAUCAUACAUCACAUGAGUGUAUGAUGGUACUACCCUCACAUAGAGAGGAGGAGGAGGAGGCUGACCAUAAUCAUCAUAUCAUAUCUGGUCAUAGUACUUGGUUGGUCGGUAUUGAUGUGAUAAUAGAUAUGAGGUCAUCAUCAUCAUCAUCCUAUUGUUAUUAUCAAUACCAACGUGAAUGGAUAAUAUUAGAUAGAUAUGAUACAUUAGCUCACCUUAGAGAUAAGAUACUUCAUAUGAUAUCGAGUACUAUCACAUACCCCUCACAUCUACUACAACAACCACUACCACUCAUUACUAAUCUUAUCUUAGCACCGGUACUUCUUGCCGGCUUACCACCACCAUCAACUACAGACGUACAUCACCAUCUACUGGCAGUAGUAGGUGAUAAGGAUAGUAUGAUAAGGAUUGACGACGAUAAUAAUGGACAGUUAAAGCUGAUGGAUGAUCUUAAAUGGACAUCAUCAGAGAUAUUACAAUUGGUUAUAUUAGAUAAUAACGAUCAUCAUCAUCAUAAUACAACAGCGGUUAUAUAUCGUGAUUAUGCUGCUACUCUUGGUAUUAUGUCUAUCGAUAAUGAUAUAACAUUAGAUAAAGAAGUAGUUGAUGGUGAGUAUGGUGGUGGUGGUAGUAUGUUAUGGGAUAGAGUUAAAGAUCAUAAUGAUAUCAAGGAUAAUAGUAUGGGAUCUCAGACUACCUACUACUUCAACAACAAGAAGAAGAAGUACUCCGCCUUCCCCGCCGCCUCAAUCUACAAUACCACCCAACGUGUCAAUGCUUACUGCACCUGUGGUAAGUAG